CAACCAUGGUCUGGAAAUCAGCUCUCUCUGUCAUCGUCGCAGCACUAGGUCUAUCGAAUGUAGCCAAUACUCUACCGAACAACCACCCCGAAAAGACACAAUACCCUGGUUGGGCACGAAUCAAGCACAUUUUCUCCNUUNGACACACGUCUUCCAACGGGCCCAAUUGGAUUGACUAUUUGACGACAAUAUACAACAAGUCAUUCGUUGAAACUGUUAAUCUGGCAUAUGGCGGUGCAACUGUCGAUUCCACCCUUGUGGCACCCUAUCUCCCCACUGUCUUGUCUGUAAAACAACAAGUCGAAUCCGAGUACCUGCCUAUAUAUGCCUCCCACUUCUGUCCCGUCCCAUGGAGCUCUGACGACACUCUCUUCGCGAUAUUCAUCGGCAUCAACGAUAUAGGCAACAGCUACGCCUCGCAAAACGCAAGCCUGCUACCUACAAUAUUCAGUGAGCUCUCAGUUCUUGUGGACAAACUCUACACUAGUGGCGCCCGCAACUUCCUCUUUCUUAAUGUACCUCCUGUGGACCGCUCGCCUUUGACCCAAGCAGCCGGCCCCUCCGCUCAAGCCAUUGAAGCAGCAGACAUAGCAGACUGGAACAACCGCCUGGUUUCUCUCUCAGAGUCCCUGACCUGGAAGUAUACAGACGCCACCUCUUUCGUCUUUGACAUCAACAAGGUCUUUUCUCGCGUCAUCGAUCAUCCCUGCGCUUACCCGCAAACCUGUCCGUACGAGAAUACGACAGCUUAUUGUACGACGUACGAGAACGGAACAUCGACACCCACUUCUUUUGACCCUGCUUGUGGAAUUUCGGUGGACAAGUAUCUGUGGUUGAACUACUUGCAUCCGACCUUUAGAAUGCAUGAAGUUAUUGCAGAGCAGAUUGUCAAGUUUAUCAAG